GUGCAUAAACAACACCAUCUAUUGGACCAAUGGCUCCAUAUUUGAAACAGCCGAUAAUGCCACGAUUUCCUGUGGGGUGGACAUCGAAGCCGAGAUGACCCUGUUCGCUUAUUACUACGUUGGCAUCGGACUAGGUGUUUUGAUUGUUAGUUAUUUUCAGAUUGUUUUCUGGGUGUCAGCAGCUGCAAGGCAAACUCAGAGGAUCAGGAAAACCUAUUUCAGGAAGGUUAUGCAGAUGGAGAUCGGAUGGUUCGACUGCAACUCUGUAGGGGAACUGAACACGAGGAUUUCUGAUGACAUCAAUAAGAUCAACAACGCCAUCGCCGAUCAGGUGUCCAUUUUCAUCGAGAGGAUCUCAACGUUUGUUUUCGGCUUCAUGGUUGGAUUCAUCGGCGGGUGGAAGCUUACUUUGGUCGUCAUAGCGGUCAGCCCUCUCAUUGGCUUAGCUGCUGGACUCAUGGCGAUGGCUGUGGCCAGGCUAACAGGACGAGAGCUGUCGGCCUACGCAAAGGCAGGAGCAGUGGCGGACGAGGUCCUGUCGUCCAUCAGGACAGUCGCAGCUUUUGGAGGCGAGGAAAAAGAAGCUGAGAGGUAUGACAGAAACCUCAUCGAAGCGCAGAACUGGGGUGUUAAAAAGGGCUCAAUCAUAGGAGUGUUUCAAGGAUACCUGUGGUGCAUCAUCUUCCUGUGUUAUGCCUUGGCCUUUUGGUACGGGUCUAAACUAGUCAUUGACACCAAGGAGCUGACUCCAGGCAGCCUUAUUCAGGUUUUCUUUGGAGUGCUGAUGGCAGCCAUGAAUCUGGGCCAGGCCUCACCGUGUCUGGAGGCCUUCGCCACCGGUCGCGCAGCAGCAAAAACCAUUUUUGAGACAAUUGAUCGGGAACCAGAAAUCAAUUGUUUCUCAGAGGAUGGACAUAAAUUAGACAAAGUCAAGGGUGAUCUUGAGUUCAAUAAUGUCACCUUCUUCUACCCAUCUCGACCUGAGGUUAAGAUUUUAGACAACCUGAGCGUUCAGAUUAAAGCAGGAGAAACGACCGCUUUUGUUGGGCCGAGCGGAUCAGGAAAAAGCACCGCAAUCCAGCUCAUUCAAAGAUUUUAUGAUCCAAAGGAAGGAACGGUGUCUUUGGAUGGCCAUGACAUCCGCACAUUGAACAUCCAGUGGCUCCGCUCUCUGAUUGGUGUCGUGGAGCAGGAACCAGUGCUGUUUGCCACAACUAUCGCAGAUAAUAUACAAUAUGGCCGGCCUGAAGUAACGAUGAACCAAAUCAUCCAGGCAGCAAAAGAGGCCAACGCUUAUGACUUUAUUAUGGCACUCCCAAAGAAAUUUGCCACACUGGUGGGCGAAGGUGGAGGCCAGAUGAGUGGAGGACAGAAGCAGCGAAUUGCAAUCGCGCGAGCUCUCAUCAGAAACCCUAAAAUCCUGCUGCUGGACAUGGCCACAUCAGCCUUGGAUAACGAGAGUGAGGCUGUAGUCCAAGAAGCUCUGGACAAUGCACGGGCAGGGAGGACGACCAUCUCCAUUGCCCACCGCCUUUCCACAAUCAGAAACGCAGACGUGAUCGUUGGAUUUGAGCACGGACAGGCUGUGGAGAGAGGAACACACAGCGAGUUGCUGGAAAAGCAAGGCGUCUACUUCACUCUGGUGACCCUGCAGAACCAGGGUUCAUCCAACACAGCUAAGGUUGUGAGCAGUGAGCCUCCUGAGGAUGACUUUGAUCUAAAUGUGGAAAGUUUUAGACGAGGAAGCUUCAGAUCCAGUAAAAGGAGCUCUGUACGUCUGCGAUCUCAGAGCCAGCUGUCAAGUGACUUUGUCCCGGAUGCAUUGAGAGGAAGCCUCGGGAUCCCUACGAGCGUCCAAGUCACGGCAGAGAACACGGCUGAGGAUAGCCCGGAAGAAAACAAAGAGCGAGCUCCGGUAGCGCGCAUCCUGAAGUACAACCAGCCAGAAUGGCCGUACAUGCUGCUGGGAUCACUGGGAGCUGCAGUCAAUGGCUCUGUGAACCCGAUCUAUGCAGUCCUGUUCAGCCAGAUUCUUGGGACGUUUGCCAUUCAGGACGUGAAUCAGCAGCGGGAAGAGAUCAACGGCAUCUGCAUUCUGUUUUGUAUCGUGGCCGUGACCAGUUUCUUUUCACAGUUUCUGCAGGUUGUUUGUUGUUCUCUUUAAAGAAUAAUAAGAUAUUACACAGGCUAUAUAAGCUCAGAACAUGUAUACUUCCAGGUGAUGCCAUUUGUGUAAAAAAAAAAAAUGACAACCAUGUGCAUUAGUUUCUGCAAUUACACAAAAUAAACUCCCACUCACUGCUUUUGACAUGCCCUUAACACUUAAAAUGUCUUUUCACCCAUGAAAACAAAAGAGCAUACAUAUGUUAUGCUUACGACUCAUAC